AUGCCCGCAUUGCUCUUGAACCUUGCUAACUUAGCAAUAACUCUAGCCAAGGAAAUCACGCCUUCUGCCGCCGACAAGUCGCAGCCAACGUUUCAGUACGUUGGCUGGUCAGCUUUGAAAUUUCCAUUGUUCUGUUGUGCGGCCGAUUGCACCUCGUCACAUUUAAUGGCGAAUCCUCCCACCGCUCCUCGCCCCUACAGUGAGGGGCCGGACCCAAAAGAUACCGCUCAUUGAUGGAUGUACAUAAGACUACGCACCCCGUGUUUUCCAGGCGCUUCUUCUUCUUAAACGCCGAACUUAUGUGAUAAUAUCAUUGAAUUUGUUCUUACCAAGACUUUGUUAACAUCAGCUUCUGUUAUUGCACAUUAACAUAACCUUUGACACUUGGAUAUUCAUUUCCUUAGACACAUCGGCUCCCAGCCGACUGUGGCCGACG